AUGCAACGGCCGACAUGGCGGGGAGGGGGAGGAGAAGGAUGGGAGGGGUGGAUAGACGCGCACAAGGAGCUGAAGCAGCUGCAGGAGGAGCGGGAGGAGAUUGAGAGGGAGAUCGCGGGCCUGGAGAGGGAGAGGGAAAGGAAGAGGCGGGACAGAACACCGCCAGCCAAGGAGCGCGAUGUUACGAUGGAAAGCUCGACCAGUCGACGUGAACAUGUCAAGAAGUUGUGGAGGACGAAGGAGAGCUGGAGGGAGUUUGUCAUUGCCUCAGAGGACGCCAAGAGGAGCCUUGGAGGAGGAGACAAGCAGGAUAAGCGCACCACGAGCAGCAGCGGGCCUCGUAGCAGAGAGGAAGUUGGAGAAGCGAAGAAGGAGAUCAGAAGGCUGGCGAAACAGUUGGAGGAGAAAGAGAAAGAGAACAGACGGCAGGCUCAGGGCUCAGAAUCAGCUUGCUUGCUUCCAGAGGUCACUGCGUUGAGUGUGCUGCUUCAUAACAACGACGGAGUUCCAAUUUCAACAUUCUAUGAUGGAAAGAUUGAUGUGAAGAUAACAAGCAUGUCUGACCAGACGAAGUUGUUCAUUAAGGUACAGCAAACAUCUGUCAGCACGAUGAUGAUAGAGCUGGAGAUGAUUUUUGAUACUAUGCAGAAUCCCAAAUCAUGGUCGGAAGUCCGACCGUCGGAAAUCCAUCGUCUCGUUUGGUCCGCAUGGCUGUCUGCUUGCUUGACCUCGUCUGCAAACAAGAAAGCGCUGACGGCAUUGAAGCUGAAGGAGGAGAACGGGGAGGCAAGGGGAGGCUGUCACAACUAUCCGAUGCUGAAGUGA